CUUGCCGCGAGAGCCGGCAGGUCUGGGACAUAGAAACGAGCAGAACGCUUGGUUCCGCCAGAAAGAGCGCGACCUUGAAUCUCGACGCGCGCGAAGUAUGACGCUCCGGCAACGCGCGCGCGCUGCUCGGAUCGCCGACCAGUGCGGGUUGCUAAUUUUCUGCCAGGCCGCAGCUGCGACCCGCGCAAGCGCGAAUCACAUCGACCCCGUCGAGCACCCCGCGUUCGAGCUGACCCUGAGCGAGCCUGGUGAGAGCGCCAUUGACAUUGACAGAUCGCUGGACGCUGUGAUGCAGCUUGAAAAUGUCAAGAGGCAUGCGCGGGACAGUGAGUUCGCAAAGCAGAAGAAGCGAUUGGUCGCGGCGGCGAGGGACGCCGUGCGGGACGCCGCCACGUCAACGGCAAGCUCUCGUUAAUGCUGGCGUGGGUUCGCCCUGACGUCUGGCAGCGCGGCGCCCAGCGGCGCCCUGGACCCGUCUGCCCGCGCGAGCGAGUGGCGCGCCC